AGGGAAAAAGGUGGGAAAAUUUGGAACAGGAGAGCACCUCGGCGCCCAACGCUUACUGAAUUAAUUAGCAAGAUCAAGGCCCGUGAUUGUUUCCUCAUUUUGGCUUACCAAGUUUUGAUCAGAUGGAUUGGUUUCCAAACCUUGGUAUUCCGGGGAUUGCAUGACAAUGGUUGUGACCGGCUGGAGAAGCUUUCCAAAAUGGCUUGAACCCGGAAUCGACUAAUCAUGCUUUCCAACUUUCGGUGAGAGUUCCUUAUCCACUAUAAAAUCAGCCAGAGCCACCACCGGCAUGUGCCGGCUCUACUUCAGUGGCCUGUCUGAUGCCCCCGAUCCCAAGUACGCCAUCGAACUUCGUCGCAGCGGCGUCAACCUCGGCAGCUUUGUCGGCCGAUUCAUCAAAUUCCUGCAAGAAACCCCUUACCUGUAGGCGGCCCAUCAAUCCCCCAAGCGAUCUCCUCGGGAUUGAGGCUCUUGCCAUCCUCGUCGGUGGCUUCGAGACCAGAUCCAAAGCGGGAGCCGGGGCCAGUGUGAGCCGUCGGCGAACCCCAUCGUUCACAGGCCAAUUCGUCGUCAUCUUCCGGUCAGCUCAUCACUGCCGGGGCAUUGUCGGGAGGUGCAUGACGGAUGGCCUUACGUUGUUUACUAGUCUGUAUUUACUUGCUACAUGAUUGGCCACGAUGGGAUGCAGAUGAUGGUUGGCCUAGCAAGUAGCAAUGGCGGGUGCAUUAUUUUAACAAUGUGUGUACAUAGCUAGCUU